UUAAAAAAAAUCAGUUUCAUCUGGAAAUUGGAAGAAAGAACCCGCAUCACUACGCAAUGAAGUUUCUGGUUUUAAUUGUCUCCGCCGGUCUUUUUGCCUCUACUUUUGCUUUUACUCCGGCUAAUCGUCAUCCACAAAAUGUCCCACAACAGAAUCCCAAAUCCUCAACUCCAGUAGCACCGUCGUUGGGGAAAAUUCCUGCCGUUUUGAAAGAAAAUGGAUUGACAACAUUGGUCGACCUAAUUACCAAAGCUGGUUUAGCUGAGACUCUUUCUGGAGAAGGGUCUUUCACGGUUUGGGCACCAACUAAUGAGGCCUUCGCCGCCUUCGCCGCAAUCGACUCGCCGACUCUUACAGCUGUGUUGAACGACGCCAGCUCAUUGAAGGACAUACUUACGUAUCAUCUCGUUCCGUUCAAAAUCAGCCCGACUUUGAUUCCUUCCGUGCACACUGAGCUGACCUUGCCGUCUGUGCAGGGCGAGAUUGUACGCAUCAACGUCUACCGAAAGAAAGGAUCUUCGUUUUCUUCAGAAACGGUUGUGACAGUCAACGGAGGACUAGUGAUUACAAUUUUGCAAGCUGGUAACGGCGUUAUCUACGUAAUUGACAAGGUUCUCAAUCCUAAAGAUUUGAAGUUGGGCAACACACAAAUCGAAAUUCUAAGAGAAACCGGAGACUUCACAACUCUGGUCAAGAUGUUUGACACUCUCGGCAUCACAAAGAUCAGUGACAAAAUCCGACCGAAAACCCUUUUUGCUCCGACUGACGCCGCAUUUCAAGCACUACCAUCUGGAGUCCUUGAAGCUCUGUUUGCCAAUAAAGCAGAAAUGGGAAAACUCAUUAACAAGCACACCCUGUCCGGCACUUGGUACAGCAACGGACUCGUUUCUGGCCCUCUUCCACUCUUUUCUGGCGACACCGUCAAAGUUGUUGUAUCUGCCCGCGGUAUUGGAGUGGGCAAUGCAAAUAUUAUUGGAGCCGACCUGUCGGAAACCGAAGGAGUGGUUCACGUUAUUGACGCUGUCAUCCAACUCUGAAAGUAAUUUUAAACGUGAUAAAAAUAAGAGGUUGCAAAAAAAGUUUAUAAAAUGAACAAUUAAUACAAAACCGAAAAUUUCAAAUAA